AGCGCAUGCGCAAGAGCGUGCGGGCGACGCUUCCCUGGCUGCCGGGGCCGGUCCUGCCGCCUGGGCCGCCGGCCCGCCCGCCCGCCCGCCCGCCCGCCAUGGCCGAGCCCCGGACGCACGCACCGCGCCUUCUCCUUCUCCUUCUCCUCCGCCUCCUCCUCCUCCUCCUCCUCGGCGCCGCCGCCUCGGUGCUUGGCGUGACUUUGGAGGCAGGUGUUAUAGAAGAUUUAGAUGACUCGUUUAAAGAGAGUCGAAAAGAUGACAUCUGGCUUGUAGAUUUUUAUGCACCAUGGUGUGGCCAUUGCAAAAAAUUGGAACCCAUUUGGAAUGAAGUUGGUUUGGAGAUGAGAAGUAUUGGAUCGCCUGUUAAAGUUGGAAAGAUGGAUGCUACUUCCUAUUCUAGUGUUGCUUCAGAGUUUGGAGUUCGAGGAUAUCCAACAAUUAAACUCUUAAAGGGAGAUUUGGCAUAUAACUACAGAGGACCCAGAACCAAAGAUGAUAUCAUUGAGUUUGCUAACAGAGUGUCUGGGCCUCUAAUCCGGCCCCUUCCGAGCCAGCCGAUGUUUGAACACGUGCAAAAGAGGCAUCGUGUGUUUUUUGUUUAUAUUGGGGGAGAAUCACCUUUAAAGGAAAAGUUUAUAGAAGUGGCUUCGGAAUUAAUUGUCUAUACAUACUUCUUUUCUGCAUCAGAAGACGUUGUACCUGAGUAUAUAACACUCAACGAGAUGCCCGCUGUGCUUGUUUUCAAAGAUGAAACCUAUUUUGUGUAUGAUGAGUAUGAAGAUGGCGAUCUUUUAUCCUGGAUAAACAAGGAAAGAUUUCAAAGUUAUCUCACAGUGGAUGGAUUUACCUUAUAUGAACUUGGAGACACAGGAAAGCUCGUGGCUAUCGCAGUUAUCGACGACAAGAACACUUCUGUUGAGCAUACCAGAUUAAAGUCAGUUAUUCAGGAAGUUGCUAAAGAUUACAGAGACCAUUUUCACAGAAGCUUUCAGUUUGGCCAUAUGGAUGGGAGUGACUAUAUAAAUAGCUUGCUGAUGGAUGAAUUGAAAGUCCCCACUGUAGUGGUACUGAACACCUCCAAUCAGCAGUACUUUCUGCCAGGAAGAAGCAUCGAGAGCACCAGAGACAUGGUCCAGUUCAUCAAUAACAUAUUGGACGGCACAGCUGAAGCACAAGGAGGUGAUGGAAUUUUUCAAAGAUUCAAAAGAGUUAUAUACGAUGCGAAGUCUACUGUAGUGUCUGUAUUCAAGAGCUCACCCCUCUUGGGCUGCUUUCUCUUCGGCCUGCCCCUGGGGGUCAUCAGCAUCAUGUGUUACGGAAUCUACACGGCCGACCCCGAUGGAGGAGGAGGAGGGUCAGAGGAGCACACUCAGAUGCACGUCAGGGGACCACAAUCCCGGGAAUUGAUGGAGGAGGAGGAGGAGGAGGAGGAAGACCGAGACGACGAAGACAAAGAGAAUUCUCCGGAACCUUCAGACGACGAGCGGGCACCGAAAGACCGACUGGAAAAGAAAAAAGACUGAGCUGUAGAUAGGUUUAGCGGAUUUGAUAGGUUUUCAAAGGAAAGAACCUUAUUUAUUGAAUUCAGCCAUUUAACCAUGAUCUUUGCGGAAGAGAACAUCUGACCCGUACUAGGAUAAUAGCGAUCAAGUGGACAGAAGUCUUCCCUUAUUUUGGGGGUGGGGUGGGUGGGUGUGGGGCGGCAGGCGGAAGAUGAAUAUCUAUCUUUGAUACAGAAUACUUUAUAUCAGAAGAGAAGAGAUUACUCGGCAUUUUCCUCUAUCUGUAUUGUGCCUGAUGGGCAGGAUUCCUCAGUGGAAAUAAUUGGCGUGAGUCAGGGAGGAGGCGGUCGGGUGCCUUAUUUUCCUGUGAGAAAAAUGGCAUCCCUCCGGGCCAUUUAGGAAAAGAUUGAGGAGGCCAAAUUUAAAACAUGCUUUUUUGAAGAGAACACCUCUUUAAACCUUACUCGCUCAACAUUUCGAUCUUGUGUUGGUUAAGUUAUUGUUUUUUAAGGCGAGGAAAGGUAACCUAAGAGAUGCUUACUUACAGAUUUACAAUAUUGAAAUAAAGGGCCAAUUCAAAAUAAAUGCUUAGGCUUCCCCCUACCUUCCCCCAUUCCCAUCCCUCCUCCUCAACACAUUCAAAAAGAAAAAUUACUAGAUGUAAUUUUCAUUGAGCGUUGCAUUUUGUUUCAUUUAUAAUGCCCUCCCGUGUGGUUUUAUUUAAGCUAGAACCUUUAGCAUGAAAAAAUUCUCAUGGGCUUCUUGAUAAUAGGCUAUCGUGGCACAAAACCAUGUACCCCCACGAGUUUAGCCACCUUCUCCUAAAACCUGCCAAUCCAUCCCUUCAGCUCAUAUCCCUAUUUUAAAUACUGUUAAGUCUAUUCAAUGUAAUCUAUCCACAACUUGCAAAUUUUAAAUGACCGUCUCCUUAAAGUUGUAGUUAGACUGGUUUAGCUUUUGUGGUUUAAUUUUAACUCCAUUUUGAACGUGGGGGAAUCGGUUAUGUAUCUAAACCCUGAAAGAGAGAUGUCCCGUGCACUGCACUUUCAUUCUCUAGUUAUAAAAAACUAAUCGUUAAUUCAAAUCCAGUCACCCCUUGGAUUUCAACCCAGAUGGUUCCCAAAAUCCGCAUCCUAGGGUGCGGCCGUGGGUUGGAAGUGAUCGCCUCCCAGGAGCAGCGUUCGGAAUGGGCGCUUGGCUUCAGAACCACGGUCGGGUGCCCCGUUUUUACCAGAUGUACCCAGAGUGUGGACUCGGUCGAUUCUUGAUAAAUCACAGGGCUGUUGUCAAAUGUUCCUAUCGAUCCAGAGGGGCUCUGUGAUGAGCCAAUUGGCUUCGUAUUCAUGUCGAUCCUCUGGUGAUUCUGCACAACGAUCUCUGCCCCUCCUCUCCUGUUCUCCUGUGCCCCUUUUAUCCUUUUUGAUCUAAUCGUCCUUUUUCCGCCCUCGUCAGUGAGAAAAUUUUCCAUUUCUUCACGACUCCUACUCCUGGCAGCCAGGCCCUAAAACGGGCUAACGUUGUAAAGUCAGAGCUUCCGGACGUGGUUGUAAACGGAAGCGGGAAGUGGAAUAGGAAAUGUCAUAGAGGCCGGUAGUUGUAACUUGAAACAUCUUUGAGUGGAGGCCGAUGGCGCCAUGUGGGUCACCUCUUUCCUUCCCCCUAGGUCUCCGGUGAAGAUUUCAACAGUUUGCUACGGCCCUGGGGUCGCCGGGGGAAACACCACAGGCUGGCUACAACCGCCCACUUCUUGUGGCCCAAGGCCCCACAAACAUCAAUUUCGUGGUGCCAGUUGGAAUCCUUUGUUUUGUUUUCAUUUUCCUUCGUGAUUAUGGGAUUGUGCUGAUUUUGGAAGCAGGGCCCCUUUCCAGGCGCAAGAAGGCCGGGCAAUGAAUGGGCCGUGCCUGAACUCAGGGGACGUGGCAGUAGACUUGCUUCCCAAGAGGAGCUGCGCGUGGCAGGAAGAGAGCAGGGAGACCCGCUCCAGCUAGGGACAUAUGUCUGUUUCGGGGUGGUCGAUUGAGGUGCUGAGCUGACCUCCGAUGGCUCGCUGGCCCGAUAGCUCGCUGCCCUGGGGUUACUGUGGAGUCGGUCCUCUCAUGCUUCACCCGGGACCUCUGGAUCAUGAGGUUGCUGAACCCCUGGCCUGGCUGGGGCCCCUGACCCCAUCUCCCUUGGCAGCAUCCGGAAUCACCCUACCGCCCCGGGAUCGAUCCCAGAACGGCAUCAGCAUCUCCUUUUACCGUAUCAGUGGGUGGUGGGUACAAGGGGCUGGAAAACAUGGACUUGAGGUGCCAUGCGGUUGAAAGUGUGGUCUGAGAAAGUCCGUCAUCGUCCUCUGGGUAGUUGAACCCAUCCCGUUUUUGUCACCGGCACCAUUUUUAUUCUAUUGGGAACAGACGUCUGUAAUCGCCCUGGAAAAAGAGUGGAAAAAAAAAGAUAACGUAUGGUGUUCAGAGACACCUGGUUUCAAACAUACACUUUAAUAUCUUGGGCCAGACCGUUUCUUUACUAGAUCUUCUGUAACCUUGGUCCCAUAAUGUCCCGUCCCUGGCAGUCGCAUUUUCAGACGUAGACGUCCCCCAGCCUGAGCCUGGAGAACUGGGUGUGAAAAAUUCCCAUCUGAGUUGCAUGAUAAUUCAAAUCUCCCUACCGGUAGCCAAACCGGUCAUUUUGGGUACCUGUUUUCAUCGUUUGAUAUGGAAGGUACCUAAGGAGGUGAGAGUCAUGCUAUUGGUUUCCCUUUGACGUGUGUUAUAGAUCUUUGAAUGCUCCAGUUGAGAGCUAUUUAGAAAGUCACGACGUGCCGUGAGUCGAGUUCAGGAAGAAUGGCAAGGUGACGGAAGGUCGUGCUGCUCUGUUAUACACCAGGUUUCUCAAUUCUGUUUCAGUGUUUUAUUUCGGCAUGAAUAUGGAGAUCGUUCAGAAUUCCGUAAAUUCAAGUGCUUGCUACGUCUUCAUUGAUAAUCCUAUAAUUCUUAAAAUAUGGGGCUCUCAGUCUUCUCGGAGAAGACAAGUGGGAGGUUUUUAACAGGCCUUCUGAAUUCUUUUUGCUUUCUGUGUGUCUUUAGUCGAGGCUAGUGCCGUAGAUAGCUGCUUUUUGAGAGCGGGUUUUGGUCCCGAGGAGCUCUCUGACGAGCGAUGCAGUGGUAUCGAACUGUCAGAUCAGGGGAGGGGGAUGGGGGCAUUUAUACCCGACUACCCAUGCUAUCUGCGACCCCCAAAUGUUUAGUUAGAAAAGUCCCGGCACAUUCUGAGCUGGGCCUUUCAAUCUAAUGGUGAUGAGAGGAAGGAAAAGCACAUCGAGAUUCUCGUUAGUCUUGAUUUUAGACCUUUUAAGCCAGGUUUUACGGAACAAUAUGUACAGAAAAUAAUUUAGGGGCUUGGAUUUGGCUUCUUGACUUUUUUUUUGUCUAUGAAAGGAUUUAGAAGAAUGAGUCCCAGAAAGGGCAAAAUGAAUUUCUACUAUUUUCCUCCCUGAUUGAUUGGCAAGGGUUUUGCUGUACUAACGUUUGGAGUUUAUGGUUUGCUGCCCUAAGGCAUCAGGUGUAAACCUUUGUUUUUAUACAAUAAAUGAAUGGAAAAUGUG